AUGGCUUCUAAGCUAUUCAACUUUGUUGCACUUCUAUUAGUCCUCUGUGGGCUUGCCUUUGCCGACUAUGGCGCACUCUCAGCUGAAGUGGUGGUGACGCCUAUUUAUGGCAGGCAAAGCGAUCUUUUGGUAUACCGCGACAAUGUCAAUGUCACCGUCGUCAAUAGCUCCACGGUCGCGUCGCCGUCUUCUAUAAACAAUUCGCCUUCUAAGAGCACAAAUAGACGGCUAUUAAACAUCGACUUGACACUGAAUAUCGACUUGAGAAAAAUUGUCAUGCAAGAGCCUGGAUUUGUCCUCCUCAGCCUGUCAUUCGCGCUGAUAAGCGGGGGUAUGAUGAUCCUCUAA